CAAAAAACGGACGGCUCCGGGGGGGGGACAAUUACCUGGGCAUGAUCCGCUCACUACGUGCUGACCAUUCUCUGAGCGGAAUGCCGCCCCGCUGACUGGCGGCAAUAUGGCAGAUGCAGCGGCUUUUGUCCGUCUACAUGACGGUCCGAUGGUCGGCAUGAAGCCGGACGAGUUACCCGGAAGACCGAGGAUUUAAGAAAUCACGAGUCUUUGGACUCGAUUCCAGCCGUGAAGAUGGAUGAGAACCAACGACCAACAGCGCGCACCUCUGACGUCAACAAUGGCCUCCGCAGCGACUCUGACCGAAGGGGAAGAUGCGGUUCUGUUCCCGCGAGGGGGAUGGGAUACUCACCAUCACAUCUUUGACCCCAAGUCGUUCCCCUACAGCCCGAAGAGACACCUCACUCCGCCGCCCGCCACCAUCGCCGCCUUCAAAGAGCUGAAGAGAAGCCUCGGCAUCACGAGGUCCGUCCUCACCCACGGCCUGUCCUACGGCGACGACUGCACCUCUCUCAAGGCUUUUGUGUCCGAACUCGGCGCCCACGAGACCGCCGCCGUCGGCGUCAUCGACCCGGACAAGACGAGCGACGAAGAGCUGCGCAGCAUGCACGACGCAGGCGUUCGGGGCGUCCGGGUCAACCUGUACCGGUACGAGGCCAUGGAAGACGCCGAGCGACAAAAGGUCGCCCUGCUGGCGCACCUGAAGCGGAUCACCAGCCUCUCAUUACCGUGGAGCCUGACGAUGACGACGACCCGGCCCGGGUCCUGGGACAUACUGGAGCCGUUCGUCCGGGACGUCGUCGCCGAGCAGGGCAUCCGGUUGGUGACGGAUCAUUUUGCGCUGCUGAAGGCGCCGAGCCUACUCCUUUCGGCCGACCAGCGGGCCGAUCCCGCAAAGCAGCCCGGCUUCGACGCCGUCGUGAGGCUGGUCAGAGACGGCCACCUCUGGGUGAAGCUGAGCGCGCCGUACCGCGUCAGCGACGACGGGCCGGGCUACGCCGACGUCCGGUUCCUGGUGCGCGCGCUCGUCGACGCGAACAAGCACCGCGUCCUGUGGGGCAGCGACUGGCCGCACACGCCGCGGAUGAAGACGCGCACGCGCGAGGCGGCCAUGGCGGAGACGCCUUUCCUCGAGGUGGACGACGAGGCCUGGCUCAGGAGUCUGAGGUCGUGGCUGUCGGACGAGGAGUGGGAUCUGAUGAUGGUCCGGAACCCGAGCCGGCUGUUUGGGCAAUGA